UCCAGCUGACACACACACACACUCACACACACACACACACCCCGCGGCCUCUCCCCGGGCUCGUUCCCGUGUCUCUCCUCGGCUAAAACCAGCUAACGGACCGCCGGACAGAACCGGACUGAGCCCCGGCCCGCUGCCGCCUCCGCUCGCUCUCUAACGGAUUCGGUACAAAAACCGGAAAUGCGGUUUAUGUAGUCGCACUUACAGGACGACUAGUUCGGCUCUCCUCGCGGUUAUGGGGCAGAGCUCCCGUUAGGAACUUAAAUCCGGUUAAAGUGACGCCGGAUACAACCCCGCUGGCAUCGUCUUCGUCGCGGUCUUCGUCGGUUACCGUCCAGCAGCAGCAGCAGCCGCCAUGGCAGGCGGCCGCCCGGCUCUCGGUCUGCUCGUCCUGGCGUGCUCCGGUGUCCUCCGCUGCGGCUCCUUCAACCUGGACGCGGAGGGACCGUCCGUGUACUCCGGACCGCAGGGGAGCUACUUCGGCUUCUCGGUGGACUUCUUCAAACCCCCGAACAGCCAAAAGUCAGAUGUUCUGAUAGGAGCUCCUCGGGCCAACGGGACGUCCCCCAGCAGUGUGGUGGAGAGGGGAGCGGUGUACACCUGCCCCUGGAAGAGCUCUUCAGCCUGCCAGCAGCUGCAGUUCGACAGCUCAGAUGACAGGAAGAAUGCAGAAGGAGCUCAGAUGGAGUUUAAAUCCAAGCAGUGGUUCGGUGCCUCAGUGCGAUCUGACGGAGAACACAUCCUGGCCUGCGCUCCGCUGUACCAGUGGUCGACCUUUGGCGUCUCUGAGCGAGAGCCGGUGGGAACGUGUUACCUGAAGAAAGGAGACACAGUGGUCGAGUACUCGCCCUGCAGAUCAAGUGCCAACUCACCAGAAGGCCAGGGCUUCUGCCAGGCCGGCUUCAGUGUCGACUUCCUUAAGAAGAACAACAGGGUGGUGGUGGGAGGACCUGGCAGCUUCUACUGGCAGGGUCAGCUGAUUUCUGAUGACGUCUCUGAGAUUUUUGCCCGGAUUGACAAAACGUUCAUCACCCCGUAUGGAAACACGCUCGCCACUAAGUCGGCCAGCGCUCAGUACGACGACAGUUACCUAGGAUACUCUGUGACAGUCGCAGACUUCAACGAUGACGGAAAGGAAGAUUACGUGACUGGAGUGCCUCGCGGCGAGAAGGCACUGGGUUAUGUGAACAUCUUCAACGGCCUCAACAUGGAGUCCAUGAUCAACUUCACAGGAACGCAGAUGGCUGCCUACUUUGGACACUCGGUGGCUGCUACUGACGUUAACAAGGACGGUUUGGUAGAUCUGUUGGUUGGAGCUCCUCUCUUCAUGGACAGAGGGUCGGAUGGAAAACUGAAGGAGGUGGGACAGGUGUCGGUGUACCUGGGUCGCGGUGGAUUUUCCUUCCACCCUCCUCAGAUGCUCACAGGGUCGGAGGUUUACGCCAGAUACGGCUCUGCCAUCGCAGCGCUGGGAGACCUGGACAUGGACGGAUACAACGAUGUGGCCAUCUCUGCUCCUUACGGAGGCCUCGACCAUCACGGCUUGGUCUACAUCCAUAAUGGCCUCCCUCAGGGGCUUAACUCCACAGCUUCCCAGGUCCUGCGGGGCACAUGGGCGUCCAGCUACAUGCCUGCUAGCUUUGGAUACUCCAUUACUGGAAACACUGACAUAGACCAGAAUGGAUAUCCAGAUUUAAUAGUGGGAGUGUUUGGAGCAGACAAAGCUGUUUUAUACAGAGCGCGUCCAGUGAUCAACGUGAACGCCACGUUGGACAUGACGCCUCAGAUCAUCAACCCGGAGGAAAAGAGCUGCACACUUCCUGAAACCAGCACCCGGGUGUCCUGCUUUAAGGUGAAGUACUGUCUGAAGGCCAGCGGCCACCGAGCUCCAGCUAAUCUCAAUUUCCGCGUGGACCUCAUGUUGGACCGUCUGAAGCAGAAGGAGGCGACUAAACGCGUCCUCUUCCUGCACGGUCGCAACGUUCAGUACACAAAGAACAUGACGGUGUCCAACGGCAAAGCCCCGGCCUGCGAGGAGCAGCUCGUCUUCCUGCGGGACGACCGUGAGUUUCGGGAUAAGAUCACUCCCAUCUCCGUGAUGAUGGAGUACAGUCUGGACUACCAGCUGGCUGCAGACCAGACCGGACUGCUGCCCAUCCUGGGAAUAUCGGCCCCGACCAGCGUCACCAAGCAGGCUCACCUCCUGUUGGACUGUGGAGACGACAACAUCUGUAAACCGGACCUGAAGCUGUCGGUGAAGAGUGACCGAGAGCAGAUCUACAUCGGCGACGAUAACGCUCUGACUCUGGAGAUCAGCGCCGAGAAUCAGGGGGAGGGAGCCUACGAGGCCGAACUCCACGUCUACCCUCCACAACAGGCCGACUUCACGGGGGUCGUCCGCAGUCAGACGCUCAGCCGGCUGUCCUGCGCCUACAAGAAAGAGAACCAGACCAAGAUGGUGGUGUGUGACCUGGGAAACCCCAUGAAGGGAGGAACCAAGGUGCUGGCAGAGCUGCGGUUCAGCGUGCACCAGCUGUCGGAGGAGGACACCUCGGUCAAGUUUGACCUGCAGAUAGUCAGUUCUAACCAGUUCAACAACAUCAGUCCUCGAGUCUCCACCGUCACCAAGCUGGCUGUCCUCGCUAAAGUCUCCAUCAGAGGGACUUCGUCUCCCGGCCAGGUGCUGCUUCCCAUCGCCAACUGGAAACCAAAACAGCCUCCUGUGGUCGGAGACGACAUCGGACCACAAAUAGUUCAUGUGUACGAGCUCCUGAACAGCGGGCCCAGUACAAUCAGCAAGGCGGCGCUGGAGGUCGAAUGGCCGUACCAGUUCAAGAACGGCUCGCUGCUCUACAUCACCAGCUACGAGACCGAGGGGCCCAUCAACUGCACCACCGACAUGGAGAUCAACCCGCUCAACGUCUCGAACCCGUUGUCCUCAGUGAAGAACACCAGCGGGGUUCCACCCAGAGAACGAGAGACGGAGGGACGGAACCGAAACCAGGUCCGCCAGAAGAGAGACCUGGAGUCAAGAGACGCACAGAGCGACCUGCAAACACUGGACUGCACCACAGCUGACUGUCUGCGGCUGAAAUGUCAGGUCGGUCGUCUGGAGAGGACGAAGAACGCCAUCCUCUUCAUCUACUCCAGACUGGCUGUCGACAGCUUCCUCAGGACUGAGAAUCAGAAUCGUUCGUAUGUGGUUCGAUCUUCAGGCUCCUUCACUGUCAUCGAGAUGCCGUACAAGAACCUGGUGUCGGAUCUACCGUCCAAUAGUACUACUGUGAGUGUGUCGGUGUUGUGGGUGGCGGACGCUCCUCAGCCCGUACCUGGCUGGGUGGUGGCUCUGGCUGUCCUGGCAGGACUGCUGCUGCUGGCGCUGCUCAUCUUCAUCAUGUACAAGUUGGGUUUCUUUAAGCGAGUCCGCCCCCCGCAGGAGGACUGCACUGAGAAGGAGCAGCUGCAGCCGGAGGAGAACGGCAACACUGACACCUAGAGGCCAAACUCUGUCUGUACAGAGCGCUUCAGGGUAAAAUGGCCGUUAGGAGAAUUUCACUGUUUUCACUGUUGAAUGGCAGAUAAUGGUACUGGUUUAAUUUUUAAUAAGGUUGUUGUUGUUUUGUUUUUUUUUACUAAUCAUGUUCUGUUUGUGCCAAAAGAGACGCUCCACCUGAGUUACACUGGUCCCAGAUGAAAUCCUCAAAGUCCCCUCAUGUAUUCAUGUUUCAAAGUUAAAGGAAUAGUUCGACAUUUUGGGAAAUAAACGUAUUUGCUUUCUCUCUGAGAGACGUUCAAACUAAAUCCACCUACCAGCAGCUCUAACGCUCACCUGAUAUCUCGCGCCAUCAGUCUUCUCCUCUAACUCUCGGAAAGAAUAGUUCCCGAACUGUCGAACCGCUGCUUUAACACGAUGGCCGAGAAAGUUUCAGCAACAUGCGACGUGCAAAUGAGGCAAUAGUGUCGUUUUAUUCCGGAGAUGCGAGGCUUUCGUCGGCACCGCAGCUUGUGGAGUUGGGCCUGAUAUUUAAUUUGCAAAAUGAUUGAUGAACUGUAGGUGCUCGUCGCCCAGGAAGUCCAGAACUGCUGAUAAAUUCAAGUCAACCUGCCCUGAUCGACCACGCUGCGUUUGUUCACACGGUGAAGUGUUGACUGUGGAGGAGCUGUUUCACAUCUGGCUACACAGGUUAGCCGCGGCGGUAUCUCCAUUAGCUUCCUCCAUGUGAAACGCUAAUAUCAAUAAAAACAAACAGCAGUUUCAAAAUCCCACAGAAUCAACUGAACAAGAACAGGCAGAAGAAAUAAAAACACCAGAAACCGAGCGACGUUAUUUUGCAGAUGAACAAACGACAGCGCUAGCUAGUGGCAAUGAGGUGAUGAAGCAGAGGAUUGUGGGUACAACAGUCAUCGCAGCCUUUAACCUUCUGAAUUAGAGCGACGUGAUUAAUUGUGUUUGUCUGCCAGCAAUAAUGCAGCAAUAUGAACUUUUGAUUUGAAGAAUGACAGUGAGCAAUAAGUGAAAUAGGAAGUGGCUGAUUAGCUGCUUUCAGGUCUCUAUUUUUGGAUAAAGGUGGUUUAAUUUGCUGAUACGGGACGAUACAGAGUAUUACAGUAAUAGAUUCACCCUGAUAUAUUCUUAAACUGUUUUUUCCUUCCUGCUUUGUGUCUUUGGGGAAGCUGGUUCGAGUCAUUACUGCUCUGCUUUGGGAUGCUGGUUUGGUGUUUUCGGUAUUUUGUUUGUAUUUUCUACAAAACGACGAUGAUGAUGAUGAGAACAAAAGAGUGUCCAGUUCAUUUCAACACGAUCAAAGAAAUUGUUUUGCAAAGUUUGUGGGGUUUUUUUGCUCAGAAAAUUAUGUUUUUUUUUCUGGAAAAUCAAUGCAAGUGAUUUAUAAUGUGUGAUUUAUAAUUUGCCUUGUAAAAUUGACCGUUCGCUAAACCCCUCCCCCUGAACAGCGAUGUCCAAUCAUAGCUAGGCACGACAUGUCUGUCAGGAUUCGUGUUUCUUCACAUGUUGAAGUGCUGUACAUUUUGAAAGUGUUAAAAAAAAAGAUUAAACAUUGUGUUUAUCUGCUCUAACUUAGCUGUAUUCGUUAGCAUGUCUGGCUAGCUAGCUUAGGCCAAGAGUUAGCAUAUCAUUAGCUGACUGCAUUAGUUUGUGGGGUUACAGGUUGUUAAAAACGUCCCGUUAGCAACUAGCACAUGCAUUGCGUAGUAUUCUGUCACUGUGUGUCCUGGAUGCUAUCAGAGUUUAAGCUAACGUUAGCAGCUCUGUCCCGCUCUUUAUUGAAUUUGAGGUAGUUUACACUCCAGAAACUCCAGCUAACGUUACCUGAGACAGUUUGUCAAACACAUCAGCGAGUCCUCGUCCUGGAAGACUUUUCUCUCGUCAGUAAGAACACUGCGAUGCACGAGCAGAGCUGUUUGUUAGCUUUAGCCUCAGUGUGUAAGCACGAUAUCACGGAGGCAUCAAUAUUUGAGAUCAAUGUUAAAACGGCUCGGCUGGAAGCGUUAAAGUCAGCUAGAGGCCGCGUCUUCAGGCAACUCGGAGCGCUAACGUUAGCUUAAUUAGCAAGCUAGCUACAGCUGAUAAAGUCUGUCUGGAAAUGAGAAUCUGCUUUUGUCUUUACUUCUGUUAGAAAUCGAGGAUCGCCGAUUAAAUCUGCCGCUGGUGCCGUUUCAAACUUUACGUGGCGUAGCAACAGUAACUAAGGAGGGCGGGGCUUAACAAACGGUCAGUUAGCUACAGUUAUAACUUUCCCGCCCUGCACUGAGGCUUCUUCGCUCUUCCACCUGUUGUGAUUUUUUUAAAAUAGUAGUAUUUUUCCUCAGAGUCGGCAGCUUUGCUGAGAACGGAUACGCGACGUAGUCUGAAAGCAGGUUGCUAUUUUAUGUUUGCGAGAGUGUGUGAAUAUAUAUAUUAAAAAAAAAACACGUUGCUAUGAAUUUACCCAUAUUGGGUUUGCAUCUUGAUUAAUGUUUAAGGUUGAUGAUUAUUCUUAAAAAUCUAUUAAUCCAAUCAACAAUCACAAUGAAAUGACUCCACGGGAGCGUCUUCUCCACUGCUUUCGUGUCCGUCGGCCCUGUGAAGACCCUCCGCUGCCGCUGGACGUCACUACCGCCGCCAUCAUUUUGUUAGCACGCCGUGCUAACACUGUUAGCAGACGUUAGGGAUGAGAAGAGCACAGAGGAAACAGAAAAAUACAGAAACGUUGUCGGGGUCUUUUAAGUCUGCUGCAUUUAUUAAAAGGUAAUAAAUGGUUUCAGAGGCAUCCGUGCGUCCCACAUCUGACGAGGGAGAUGUUAAGUGGCGACGGAGCGGCUCGCUGCGCUGUUAAAGCCUUUAGCGAAGAUUUUUCUAACAGCAUCGGUGUUUGAACUAGACUAGCGGGAAGCUUUUCGCUCGUCGCCAGGGUUCAGCAGGACUGACGUCACUUCACUUUCAUCUCGGGUCGCUUCAAAAUAUUCACGCGAGCUGCGAUUUACUGGAACGUUUGAGGUCCCGUCGCUCAUCCGGGGAACGUUAUUACUUAUCCAAAAGGUUUGGGAAAGUCUGAGAACUGAAAACAGAAUCAGUCUGACGUCAGUCCUGCUGUCUGUCUGUCGUGUUUGAGGGAUUUUAACUGUUUUAUAUUUAAUACCACUGUCUUUCUUUCUGCCAUGAGAAAAUAUGGACUAUUUUUGAUGUAUGUAUUCUUUCACCUAGAGAAUAAGAAUUAAUAAUUUCAUAAGAUGAUUUCACCUCUUGAGCUGAAAUAAACUGAUUUGUUCACAUUUUA